AUGCCUCUGGUCUCUGCAUUUCUAUCCGAAGUUAAGACUCAAAUAUCGACGUUUAUCCCCUUCGGACCAGCCCUAUGCUACAUAUUGUUGAGCUCCGUCAUCCUACUACCUCUAACCUUGGUUCUCGCAUCUCCAACGCGCACAUCCCCCCUCAACCAUUUCCCAGGUCCUCCAGGCUGGCCCCUCGUCGGUAAUUUUUUGUCAAUAUAUUGCCAACGCACCGAAAAGGUCUACCUCCAGUGGGCGGCACAGUAUGGCGACGUAUUCAGAAUCCAUCUCGGCUACACGCCAGCACUGGUAAUCAACUCAGCCGAGGCCGCGAAGCAGAUUCUACACCGCAACUCCCAAGCCGUGGCAUCACGGCCGUCAUUUUACACGUUCCACACUAUUGUAUCGAAAAAUCUCGGGACAACCAUCGGCGCCUCGAAAUUCAACACCAGUCUCAAGCGUACUCGCAAAGAGAUAGCUUCCGAGGGAAGCAAGCCAGCCGUCAGAACGCACCUGGCGGACAUCGACCUCGAGACGCGCCACCUACUGCGGGACCUGAUGAAUCGCUGCGACGACGGCCAAACACCAGUGGACAUGUACAUGCCCGUCUCGCGGCUGGGCCUCAGUCUCAUGAUGACGAUAUGCUACGGUCGGCGAAUGUUCCUCGAGGACCCUCUCACGACGGAAAUCAUAACUGUGGAAGACCAGCUCCUGGGCCUGCGGAGCCCUUCGGGAAAUUACCUCGACUAUUUGCCUCUGCUGCGCCUGUUUCCAUUUACACCGUUGGCGCGAAAGGCCGCGCGGUUGAGAGACCGCCGAGACGCGUACGUGCUUGGAUUCAAGGACGAGGUGGAGGGUAAAAUCGAAAACGGCACGUAUAGCCCUUGUCUGUAUACGAAGAAUUAUUUUAGCAAAAACCCGCUUAGUUCGAGUCAAGUGUCGAUGAUUCUGGUUACUUUGGUGUCGUCGGGCCUUGCGACGGCCACGAAUACAGUACGAUGGUGUAUGAUUCUGCUUGCGGCUCGGCCAGAGCUACAGGAGAGGGCUUAUAGUGCCAUUCGCCGGGUUUAUCCAACGGACAGCGAGGCGUUUGAUGCUGUAAUGAAGGAUGAAGAAGAAGUUGUCUACAUCUCUGCGCUUGUCAAGGAGACACUGCGUCUGUAUUCUCCUGCCCGCGUCUCCCUCCCCCGUGCUAGCAUCCAGGAAUUUACGUAUAAAGGAAAACUCGUGCCACCCCACGUCAUGAUUAUUCACAACGCGUGGGGUUGUAAUAUGGGUAUGCUCCCGCCUUGA